UGUACCACACUACUGUAAUCAUUUGUUAGUAAUGAAAAGUAAAAACCAUUGCAGCUUAUUAAAUAAGAAAAAAAAAUGGAAAACACCAAAGUUAGUGUAGAAAUAGUCACCAAUAAAACAUAUUUUAUAGAGAACGAWGUGGAUAUUUCUUUCAAAUUCAUUGAUAAAACUUUGAAACAAAAGUAUUCCGAUUGGAUUGCAUUAUAUAAAUGUAGCAGCAAUAGAAAUCUAGAAGAGUUUGUUGCAGUAGAAACUGAUUUAAAAAUGCACACACAGACAAAAUAUGGUUUCCWUAAAGUUACUUUCUAUGCAUAUCAGUUGAAAAAUGUUGAAUGUAAUGAAGCUUAUGAAUUUCUAUAUGGCAAUGAAUCUAAUGAGAUUUAUGGAAUUAGUCGUCCACAGCAGCGGCCUGUUGCUGUUGCUGCUGCUGCUGCUGUUGCUGUUGCUGAUGGUGGUGGUGCUGCUGCUGCUGGUGGUGGUGGUGUAGUUGCUGCGACUCUUGCAUCUGCCGCUUCUCCUCGUCGAGGGCAGCCUGCAGCUGUUGCUUGUAGCCGGAAGUAUGCUGGGAAACGGCCAGCGAGAACUUGGACUUUUGAUCGGCUGCCAACACCGACCAGCUGGCCGCCAGCGUCAGACGAGCGUCGUUGUUGUUGUCACGGUCUCCGCCGUCCGCUGACUGGUGGAGAUGAUGGUGGUGUCAAAAUAUCUAAUGGAUCCGACAAAAAUCCAAGUUGA